AUGAGCAAAGGUGAGAAAGGGAAGAACAAAGUGAGAUCAGGCCACUCGACCUCUGCAAAUGGUUCUGGCGCUUACAGCUCCAAGCGUCGAAAUGACGAAACAAAGCACGGAGCAAAUAGAGAAGGUAAAAAAUUCCCGGUGAAGCUUGCCAUGUGGGAUUUUGACCAGUGCGACCCCAAGAGGUGCAGCGGCAAGAAAUUAGAGAGACUGGGACUCAUCAAAGCGUUGCGCGUCGGUCAGAAAUUCCAGGGCGUUGUGGUAUCACCGAAUGGAAAAGGGCUAGUGUGCCCCAACGAUCAACGAAUCGUAGAGGAGAAUGGAGCUGCUGUAGUAGAAUGCUCCUGGGCACGCCUGGAUGAGGUCCCUUUCAAUAAGAUUGGUGGAAAGAACGAGCGUCUUCUUCCAUAUUUAGUCGCUGCUAAUCAAGUGAACUACGGACGUCCCUGGAGACUUAAUUGCGUCGAAGCGCUUGCCGCAUGUUUCGCGAUCGUCGGCCGCGUAGACCUAGCAGCGCAGCUGCUGUCGCAUUUUUCCUGGGGUUUGGUUUUUUUAGAGCUCAACAAGGAGUUGCUUGAGAUCUAUCAAAAAUGUACCGACUCGGAAUCUGUUCAAGCUGCCCAAGAUGCUUGGUUGAGACAAAUUGAGAAAGAAGCAGAAGAACGCAAAAAUCACGGCGACAAUGAUGAUUUGUGGAUGACUGGUAAUGUCAAUAGAAUUCCUCAAGGUGUAACUUCAAAUAAUGAGAACGAAAUGGGCGAUGCCAGCGAGGGAGAAAGCGAGGAAGACGAGGAGGAAAAGGGAAAAGAGGGGGUUCAUGGUCGCACAAAAUCUGUAAAAUAUGACCGACUAGGAAAUGCCAUAUACCUAGAGCAGAGUGAUGAGUCAGAACAAGAGGCGGACACCUCAAGCGAAGAAACUGAGGACGGUGAAAAUUGUCGAGAGCAUCAGUAUGAUUCGCUAGGUAAUUUUGUCCCAGCUACAGAACCCGUCACAAGCGUUAGUGCUAGUCUAGAUGAGCUAUCUAUAGGCAAGAAGUUUGAUUAG